ACACGCGGCGGCAGCUCCCUCCGCAGCCCCGCGCCUCCUAGCCCCGCCGCCGCCGCGCCGGGCAUGGCCGCCCCCCGCCGCCGCGCCCCGCGAUAGCCUCACGACCCGCCGCGUCGCCGAGUGCUCCAACGUUGCCUUAGAAGACGGAGCCUGGAAGGACAGAGAAGAGUGAGGUGACAAGUCCGUACAAAACUGAAUGUUUCAACUCAAAACUGCCAGGUGUUCAUCUCGGUGGGGCCACACUGACCAUGCUCAGGAGCUUCUGUCUCCAGCUCAUGUCCUUGGUUUGGAUCCUCUUGGCCCAUCACCAGCUUGCCCAAGGUGAUGACUGCAGCGAGCGCUGUAAUCUCGCCCAUGGUGGCUGUGACCAGGAUGGGAAGUGCAGGUGUGAUCCAGGCUGGGAGGGCGAGUACUGCGAGGAGUGUGUGCGGAUGCCGGGGUGUCUCCAUGGGACUUGCCACCAGCCUUGGCAGUGCAUCUGUCACCCUGGCUGGGCUGGAAAGUUCUGUGACAAAGACAUACACAUCUGCGAACGCCAGUCCCCAUGCCAGAACGGGGCUCAGUGCAUCUACGACCGAGAUGGGGAAUAUUCCUGCCUGUGUCCAGAAGGCUUCCAUGGGAAGGACUGUGGGAUGAAGACAGGGCCAUGUGAGAAGGCAGGGUCUCCAUGCAAGAAUGGGGGACAGUGUCAAGAUGACAACGGCUUUGCCAGCAACUUCACGUGCCGGUGCCUUGCUGGCUUUGUGGGGGCUCUCUGUGAGAAUGACGUGGAUGACUGUCUGAUGCGUCCCUGUGCCAACGGUGCUACCUGCCAUGAUGGGAUCAACCGCUUCACCUGCCAGUGCCAGGUGGGCUUUGAAGGACGUUUCUGCACCAUCAACAUCAACGACUGCGCCAGCCAGCCAUGCAAAAAUGGGGCAAAGUGCUACGACCGCAUCAAUGACUAUGACUGCUUGUGUCCUGACCGUUUUACUGGCAAAACCUGCGAGAUCCCCGUCCCUGAGCCCACCUGGGCUCCCCACUACUACCCUGCGAACCAUGAGAACGGUGUGGUGGUGAAAAGUACAACCAGCGAGACGCCAGGGGUGACACAGCCAGAGCCUGUCAGGACUGUGGUCACGGGGCGGCGUGUGGCCAACCACAGCGAGAAAGAGCCAGGGGGAGGGUUAUUGAAAAUCUCUGUGAAGGAGGUGGUGACCCAAAGGGACUCAGGACUGAGUGAAGCCCAGCUGGUGAUGGUGCUGGUGUUUGGGGUGCUGACGGCAGCACUGGUCCUCAUCACUGUCCUGCUAAUGCUGAGGAACUGGCACAGGGGUCGUCAGAGGUCGAACUGGUGCCAAAGCCCUUCGCAGGCUGCAAGGAAACUCCAAGACCAGGAAUGUCAGGUGGGCAUGCUCAACACCAUCCUCGUUGAGCCCAGGAAGACAACAGAGCUGUGAGCUGUGGGGACUUGGAGCUGGGCCCUGGCAGGUCGUUGUGCUGGCAAACCCCUCGAACUGCACCCUGGGGAGUGGCGCCGGCACAAGCCGGGUGGCGGAGAAUAGCUCCCAGGGCAGCAAAAGCAUCAAAGAAAGUCCAGGGCGUCGAGCAUUGGUGCAAUGGCCCCACCUGGGUCUGAGCUGUCUCCUGCCUAGCCGGUGCAGCCGGCACCCAUGGGCAUCCAAAAUCAGGGCCGCAUUGGGCCAGCCAUGCAGGGGGGCGGCCAUUGUGGCAGCCCACACCGUGCAGAACCGGCAGGGCCUGACAUGCGCUGACGUGAGCUCUCAAAACGGGAUGGGUAGUGCUGGAGGAGGGCAGAGCCUUUGUGCAAGCCCAAAUUCUGCCAGGCCCUGUGCAACUCCUCUCUGUGACUACUGGAAGGGUCUUUGUCCUCAUUUCCACUGGUGUUGGGAUGUUUCUUCUGGGGCUUCAGGACGGUUGUGGCCACAGGGGUCUCUGUGCCCUGGUACUGGAUAGAGUGGCUCCUGGCUGUUUCUAGCGGCUGCAGUUUCAGAUGCCAUGUCCUUAAGGAGCAAGGAGAUACCUUUACUCCCUGGCCUUGUGGUUCUGUCAGCCAGUUUGAAGAGACUCUGGAGAUCAUUUGGGGUUUCCUCAUGCCCUUCUUCUGCCCUGGUUGAUGCCCCCUCCUCUUGCUGUCAAACUUGGGGUUACAAACACAUUCUGUACUUACCUCCUGAUGAUCCAGGAGUCUUCUCCCCCAGCUUACCGAGCCAUCCUUUCUGGCCUGGCCACAAAUGACAAAGCUCCUUCCCCUGUCCAGUGUGCACUUCUGCUUCAUCGUUUGCUGAUGGGGAGGAGCACAGCCUGCUCCCCUCUGGAGUCCUCAGGGCUUUAGCUGGUUGUUCUCAUAUGUGAAACUGGAGAUGGACAAGACUGGAGAUGUGCUGCAGCUGGUUCAGGAGCAAUACAAGAUCCAGAUCCUCCUUUCCUCUCCCAGUCACUUCGAGGCAGACAGCUGGGACUAACCUCAAAUCAACCAUUCUAGUGUUUCUUGAUAAAACAAAGGCUGAGCUCCCCACAGUGGAUGUGAGGAGAGGCUACCGAGCCUGGGAUGACCAUAGGAAGCAGACCUGGCACUGCCUGCUCCAGCAUUUCUAAAACACAGCUAUGAGGCAGUAGAUGGCCAAGUCACCUCACCUUUGUUACUAGGUCUGCUCCUGCCUGUGCUGGCCCAGUGUGCAGCAAUCAGUGUGUCUCUGCCAGGGCCAGGGUUUUCUAUGCCUCCUUCUGGGCACAGAGGGCUAAGCAGUGGGGUAAAAACCCUGCAACCCAACCCCUACUACUGGCCUGUAGGGUUGCAGAGCUGAGUUCAAGAUGAAGGGAGCAGGCAGAGAGAGGAGUGAGCACUCAGCCAGGAGGGAGAACUGGGAGAGGGGACUGGGGCUUCAUCAGAAAGAUUAUUUUUUUUAAUACAUGGAUGAUGUACCUUUAUCAAAUAAAACAAAUACAAGCCCAGAAAAA